AUGGCGGAAGCUGAAUGUGAUAUCGCCGGCCUGUCAGAGGGACUGCUGCCGUGGCUGGAGCUGACGUCAGGCUGCUUCUUCGGCAGCAUCCGCGGGCAAGAUAGAAGUCCUGCCAGUGCAGCAGCCAUGUUGACCUUCUGCCGUCACGGCCAGACAGCUUCCAGCAUCCUCCGGUCGGCGUCUAUCUUGGUCCUGGCCUCGGCCCUUCUGCUUUGUCCUGUAACAGCUCAGGAGGAUGUUCAGAGCCAGUCCCCCACGCAGGUUCUGAAGGACCUGUUGGCCCGUCAUGGAGACAACAGCACCAUCACGGUGCCACAGCUGCGUUCCCUAUUGGCCCUCCUCAGCCAGGGUCAAGGCGACGGUGAAGCUGAUGCGGUACAUCCAGAUAUCACAGCUACGACUACAUCACCUAAGAUAAACAAAUCCAAGUGCUUGCCCGAGGACAAGCUAGCCAUCUACAGCAUGGGUGAGCAGUCUCGUUUGGACGGGCGGGGCUUACAGGAGUUGUGCCCCACCAUGCUGCAGCAGCUGGAUGCCGGUGCAUGCCGUGCCCACAAUCAAGACGAGCUGAGCAGCGAUGUCUCGCCAAGGCCAAGUGAUGCUGAAGUGUGGGGUUAUGGGUUCCUGUGUGUGACGCUCAUCUCGCUGUGCUCGCUGUUGGGGGCCAUCGUAGUGCCCUUCAUGAAGAAAACCUUUUACAAGCGUGUCCUGCUCUACUUCAUUGCGCUGGCCAUCGGCACACUGUACUCCAACGCCCUUUUUCAACUCAUCCCUGAGGCCUUUGGCUUUGACCCUAAGGUCAACUUCUACGUGUCCAAGUCUGCUGUGGUUUUUGGAGGCUUUUACCUCUUUUUCUUCACCGAGAAGAUUCUCAAGAUGAUUCUCAAGCAAAAGCACACGGGUCACGGCCACAGCCAUUAUUCUAGCGCCGAGCACUACUCGGCACCCAACGGAGACCUUGAGGAAGGUGAGAAGCUGCAGCACAACGGGGAAGUGAGCGACGGCCAUGCUGUGUCCAAAAUGGACACCGGCGAGGGCGAGCUCAUGCUGCGUCCCACACAGACGCCUCAGGACUCGCAGAGUGCGGAUGGUGGUGGCAGGCCGGCCAGCAGGAGCGGCGGUGGCUGCCAUUGGCUGAAAGGGACGGCGUAUUCUGACAUCGGCACACUGGCCUGGAUGAUUACGCUGAGCGACGGCCUGCACAACUUUAUUGACGGUCUGGCCAUCGGCGCUUCCUUCACUGCCUCAGUCUUUCAGGGAAUCAGCACUUCGGUGGCCAUUUUGUGUGAGGAGUUCCCUCAUGAGCUUGGCGACUUUGUCAUCCUGCUGAACGCCGGCAUGACCAUCAAGCAAGCACUCUUCUUUAACUUCUUGUCAGCGUGCUGUUGCUACCUGGGGAUGGGCUUUGGCAUCCUGGCCGGAAACAGCUUCUCCCCCAAUUGGAUCUUCGCCCUGGCAGGAGGGAUGUUCCUCUACAUAUCUCUGGCAGACAUGUUCCCCGAGAUGAACGAGGUGAGUCGCGAGGAGGAGAACGCGGGCGGCAGCAGCUUCCUGCUCACAUUCGCCAUCCAGAACGCUGGCCUACUAACGGGCUUCGCCAUCAUGUUGCUGCUUACCACCUACUCCGGAGAGAUGCAGCUGGUUUAG